AAUUGAAUCGAGUAUACCAUAGAAAGGCCAAAAAAAAAGUUGUGGUGGUGGUUCCGAUGUUGAGCACAUAAUAUGAUACUGAUAUUUUUUUCAUUUUCUGAACUUCAGAGGUCUCUGUUUUCAGAACCUCAUCCAUGGCGUCUCUCUCCAAUCCUCACCAAGCGCUUCCGCCGGCGUUUAGCCACCGACGGGGAACUAACCCCACACGGCUCAGACGCGAAUUUGAAUCACUUUCUUCUUCAUCCGCGGGUAAUGCAAGGAAGACGACAGUAGCAGAGGAAAACAGAAGAAAAGCAGAAUGCGCCCAUGCAAAGAAGAGAGAAGCUGUAGAGAGGAGAGAGGAAGUGAACCGGAAGAUAGCGUCGCAGAAGGCGAUUUCGAUUAUUCUGAGAAGAGAAGCCACCAAGGCAGUCAUCGAGAAGAAGAAGGGCGGUACCAAUUCCAAGAAACUACUUCCGAGGACCGUACUUGAAGCGCUUCAUGAGAGAAUUACUGCUUUGCGUUGGGAAUCGGCUCUCAAGGUUUUUGAACUUCUGCGGGAGCAGCUCUGGUACAGACCCAACACUGGCAUUUAUGUCAAGCUAAUUGUCAUGCUUGGAAAAUGCAAGCAACCUGAAAAAGCGCAUGCACUAUUUCAGUCCAUGGUUGAAGAAGGCUGUGUUAUGAACCAUGAAACCUACACUGCUCUUCUCUCUGCCUAUAGUAGAAGUGCCCUCUUUCACAAAGCAUUUUCUCUGCUUGAGCAUAUGAAGAACACUUCAGACUGUCAACCAGAUGUUUUCACUUACUCAAUUCUCAUAAAAUCAUGCCUUCAGGUUUUUGCAUUUGAUGAAGCCCAAGCUGUGCUUUCUGACAUGGCCACUCAAGGGAUCAAACCAAACACAGUGACAUACAACACUCUCAUUGAUGCCUAUGGAAAAGCUAGAAAGUUUGCAGAGAUGGAAUCAAUGCUCAUGGAAAUGCUUCGUGAGGGGAAAUGCGAGCCUGAUGUCUGGACCAUGAACUCCACACUCAGAGCCUUUGGCAGCAGUGGGCAAAUAGAAACAAUGGAGAAAUGUUACGAGAAGUUUCAGGGUGCAGGGAUCCAUCCUAACAUCAGGACCUUUAACAUACUCCUUGAUUCCUAUGGAAAAACUCUGAAUUUUGAUAAAAUGGGCGCUGUUAUGGAAUACAUGCAGAAAUACCAUUUCUCCUGGACAAUUGUCACCUAUAAUAUCAUGAUAGAUGCUUUUGGAAGGGCUGGAGAUUUGAAACAGAUGGAGUAUUUGUUUAGGUUGAUGCGAUCCGAGAAGAUCAAGCCAAACCGGGUAACAUUUUGCUCACUUGUAAGGGCUUAUGGUCAAGUCGGGAAUGCUGAAAAAAUUGGGAGCGUUUUGAGACUUAUUGAGAACUCUGAUGUCACUCUGGACAUUGCCUUUUUUAAUUGCUUGGUGGACGCAUAUGGGAUGAUGGGAUGCUUUGCAGAGAUGAAAGGUGUGCUUGAGCUGAUGGAAACAAAAGGAUUUAAGCCUGAUAAAAUUACUUACAGAACCAUGAUUAAAGCUUACUCAAUGGGUGGGAUGACUAAGCAUGCAAAGGAGCUCUUGGAUUUUGUUAGGACGACAGGGAAGACUCAGAGAAAUGGAAAAAUCUAACUUCCAAUGAGAACUUUUACAGGUUGCAUGACAUCCCUUCAAUCUACUAUAAAUUUAUAUAUAUAUUCCUGUGAUUCUAAUGUAAGCAUGUGAAUAAUAGGAAUUUAAAUGAAGAUUAAGUAAAUGUUUUGUUUCUCAAUUAACCACGAUUGAUAUUUUAUCUGCAAUGCAAAGUCCUACUUCUCCGUUUCUACCUGCAAAA